AUGGAUGAUUACAAUCAUGAAUUUUUUGGUACAAUUGAGCAUGGUGUAGUAAAUUAUGAUAGUGAUGAAUUAAAAAACAUUGACGCUGGUGACAGUGAAUUGGAUGCUGGUAGUGAAAGUG